AAACGUGCGCUGUCCCCGUUUCAACGGACCAGUUGAUUCCUAUUGAACGCAGAGAGCGGCUUGUCAAUACGCAGCCUUAAAUACGUUGACCAGCCAGGAACAGCGGCAAAGGCGGAGGAGGGGGGAGAAGCGACGGAAAGAGCCUUCUUCAGAGGAUAAUAUUCUUCACACGAAUUUCUUUCUUUCCACUGGAAUAACUCGUCUUGUGUAGAAUCUGCCGCUCUAACUCAUGAGGCGGCACAGAGACGUUAUAUAAAGCGAAUAACGGACAGAGAUGAGACCGUACGUUACAGCAUAGCGGCACAAUAACCGCAUGUGCUGACUGGGCUUGGCGCUUAAGGGGCGACAGAAACCGUCAGACCUCCACUUGAAUUCGGUGAUGUAUGUGUGCUUCAUCACGUUUUGUGUUAAUUUAUUCAAGAAGCGAGCUAGCUUGGGGAGCUGCUGCCAAUGCUGGUCCAUUCACUAUUGUGUACGUUUGAUUUAACCUAGCAAGGCGGCUAACCAGGACGCGCUUCUGCCGCUGACGAUCCCGUGUGCGUAGCGGAAUGAUGGUCAGAAGAAACCUCCAACAGACAGGCGCUAAUGGCUCAGAUUAAUUGUCAAUUUAGUAAUUGGUUUGUAUGAUUAUCAAAUCUCGCCACAAAGGCGGUGUGUCUGGUUAGACCUGGUGGGCCCUGCUAUCAUUCAUAAAACUAUCCUUAACGCGAAGAAUGGGCCCAUGUCGUAGUGUGGAAAACAAAGAAUUAGGCUACUGAAGAGAGUAAGCUGGUUAGAUAAGCUUGUUUUAUCGUUUUUAGGUGAGCUAGCAAGCUGGUUGACGGAUUAGUCACACAGCCUGGACUGAACUGCUCCCCGGACUCGCUCUGUCCCUCGGUUGGAGUUAUUUCCCCCCCGGUUUCCACGUUUUUCUUGUCUCUGCGCCGCACCACAAUGAGCAGUCAAACCGGAGACGCCGGGUCGCUUGAAGUGGAGCCCAUGCCGGGGUACUUGGACCUCAUCACCAGAGCCUCCUCGGUCAUGCUGCGCGCAUGGAGGGACUGUAGCACUUGCGGUCUGGAGCUCUCCAAACGGACUCUCCUGGAUAACGCUUACAUUACCUGGACGGAAAUCGCCCUGUUCUUUUUUUGCGCCUUUUUGUGGACGCAGGUCAGGCGGGGACUGACAGAAAGUCUGUUUAAGCCUCUAGCACAGUGGUGUAGGCUGCUGCCCAAAGAUGCUGCCAAGAUGCCGGAGAGUACGUGGAAGCUGGUCUUCUACACCAUGUCAUGGUCCUACAGCACCUACCUGCUCUUCUUCACCUCCUACUCCUUUUUCCAUGACCCGCCCUCUGUCUUCUACAACUGGAAGAGCGGUAUGCCAGUGCCUACAGAUAUCGCCAUCGCCUACCUGAUCCAGGGCAGCUUCUAUGGCCACUCCAUCUAUGCUACAGUCUACAUGGACGCAUGGAGGAAGGACUCUGCUGUCAUGGUGGUGCACCACAUCAUCACACUGGCACUCAUUUGCUUCUCCUACGCUUUCAGGUACCACAACGUAGGGAUCCUGGUGUUGUUCCUCCACGAUAUCAAUGACAUCCAGCUGGAGUUCACCAAGCUCAACGUUUACCUGAAGUCCAGAGGUGGAGGCUAUUACCUGCUCAAUGAUAUUUUGUCCAACAUGGGCUCCGUCAGCUUCAGCAUCACUUGGUUCUGGUUCCGUCUCUACUGGUUCCCUCUCAAAGUGCUGUACGCCACAUGUGUGUCCAGCCUUCAGUCUGUGCCCAACAUCCCCUUCUACUUCUUCUUUAAUGCUCUUCUCCUCGCCCUGCUGCUCAUGAACAUCUACUGGUUCCUGUUCAUUGUUAUUUUCGUAGUGAAGGUGCUAAAGAUGAAGGAGGUAAAUGACGUCAGAGAGUACGAGGAUGAGGAUGGCAACAAGACAGCAGCAGGCCUGCACAGAAACCCUCAGGCAGCAAACAACGAAGAUGAUGCUGGACAUCACAACUCUGCCCAGGGGAAGCACGUGCAAAACGGGGUCACCAAGGAGAAACAUCUAUAACGGGCUCUCCGUCGCCACCACCAGGCACUAGGCUACAAGUACAAGCAAGACAAGACGCCUUCCUGGGAUGGCUCGCGCUCAAAACGUGGCUCUGAAGGGAAGAGUGUCACAAAAAGAAAAGGAAAGAAAAUACAAAGUUAGGGCGCAAUGAGUUUUUAUUCCUUUUAUUUGUUUUAGACCAUUUCAUUUCAUCGCUGUCAUUUUGUUUUCGGUCUUGUUUUUAUUAGAGCACUGUGAAUGUUAUUUCAGGUGACCUUUGUCUUAUUGUUGAUAACUUUACAUUCGAUAGAUUCAGUAGAAACAAACCAGUUUGAGUGAGACUUGGACUGUGAUUGUCACGUACAGUAGUGCAGGGUGUCAUAUUCAUCACUAUCACCCUUAACAGCAGCACAACACCCAGACAAGAACAAGGUUUAGACCUGUGGGUCUGUAGACAUUUAGACCUGCAGUAACCUGCAGUAACAGACAAUAUGCUGAUUCAGUAGGGGUGAGCUGCGUUUGCCAUCAGUCAAAUAUAAUCAAUUCCUUUCCUCCUCACCCCUUUUCAAACUCCGUCCAUUUUCUCUGAUUCAAGACAUGAGGAGAAGAGGAUAAAAAAAUAAAAAAAUAAAAAAUCGAAUCAGAGGGAAACAUUACAUUGUUCCGAGUACUGCUCUUCGGGCUGCAGUGAUGCCGGAGAGCUUGUCUAGCAUUGUCUGGUGCUGUUUCACCACAUGUAUUGAUUUUCAUAUCAUUGCACAAGUCAGUGGUGGCGACCGCAUAGCUGUGGCCCCCCUGCGUCCAUUAGUUUGAAUUGAACAGCCACAUUGAUGUGUGUGCGUGUGUGUGUGUGUGUGUGUGUGUGUGUUUGUGUUUGUGUGUGUGUGUUAGGUGUUACAGGAUGGGGAGAGUAUGGAUGUAGCCGAGUCUUUUAAACUCACAACAUUUCACCUCUCAGUUUCUCUUUUACUGAUGAUCAACAGACAUUUCAAUAUUCACUUGGCAUUCCUGUACGGAAAAAGUUUUCUUUUCUUUUUUCUUUUUUCUUUUUUCUUUUAUUGGCCCUUCCCCAGUGUGUGUUGCAAAGCAUCUGUUGCUGCACUGACAUGAAGGCAUACAAGCUGAUUGCUGGUUUAAUGACAGCAAAUAGCUAGAAUUGAUUGACUGGGUUUAAGUGUCAUCCUCAUGAUUUAAUUUGUUAAAACCGAUAUGGAUCUGAAUUACCUUUAUAACCAGUUCAUGGGUGGUGGCGGCUAUCAGGUUCACAGGAAAUCAGAACAGUAGCCCAGAAUUUGUGUAAAGAUAAAAAUCAGUAUGAUUUAAAAAAAAAAAAACAAUAUGUAUGCACACAUUAUGGUAUUCAGGAAUGCAUGACAUCGGAAUGAUUUUGGAAAUAUGCUAUGAAAUUGUCUUACAAACAAACAAUGAAGAAAAAAACUAACUAUGUAAUCAUAAUGUCUUUAUAAAUGUCUAAAAUUCAUCCUAAAAGUGAUAUUUUUUGAAGCAGCAGUGACCACUGAACACACAUAGUGUUGGCAGACAAAUACAUACAAACCAGUGGGUGACAAAACCUUCUUGUGGCAUUUAAAUGCGGAGAAGGAAUGAUACCGAAGUCUAUUUUGUCCUAAGAAAACCCACAUAUGGGAAGAUGUUAAAACUACACUGAAAGGGAACUAUUUCAUUUGACUGCUUUACCUGUAUCCCACUGCUUUACUAUACGUGUGUUUAGUGGAAAACAGCUGCUGCACCUGUAGAAAAUAAGGGAUAUUUCUAUUUCUUCCUACCUUCUCGAUCAAAUUCAAGCUUGUUUUGAUGAACAGCAUGCUUGUACUGCUGGAGCAGGCCGCAGAUGACGUCUGUCCGUAGGAGAAGCGUCCGUUCUGUUUUAGUUUAUUUUUGUCUUCCAUGAUCCCCACAUCAGCAACUUGGGGCGUUGAAACUAACUUUUUAUUUUACAUUCAGCUAUCAUUAUUAUUAUUGCUGUAGUUCAAUUUAUAAUUGUUGAUUUGUUUUGGAAUUGCUGCUGUUUUUUUUUGGUUUUUUUUCCUCUGAGAGCACUGCUUGUAUUCCAGUUGUUGUUUUUCUGCUGUGUAUGAAUCGCUGAUAGUCUGUUCAGAUCAGAUAUUUCCAGGGACCAGGGAGAGCUGUUUGUUCAUCUACAUUACGAACAUUUAGAUUUAGUAUCAGAUCUCUUCCUUUUAAUCUGAAUGCUGGCUCACGCCCGUUUUACUGUAGUCUUUACACAUCUGUACUGUAAGUAACAUGCUUUAUCAGACAUGUUGCUGUGUGUAAUAUAUCAGAUGUUCAGAGUCCCGUGGCUGACUGACUUUACUAGCAUGGUGUUCUGUGACCUCUGAGGUCCUGCCUGCUCAACUGUGAGACUAGAGCAUCCAUAGUUUGCUGAUAUCUUUUGUUAUAUGAUGACAGGUGACAGGUGAGUGAAGUUUGCAGUAACCCCACAAAGAACUGUGAUCUGGAUUAGGUGCAACUCAUCCCAAAAAUCUGGUAUGGUACUAUGUGCAAAAGGUGCACCUACAAUUUCUCCACCUCUCUCCCACUGUGUCGUACUAUAAACGUGAUGUGUGAGUAACUACUACUAGGGGUGGGCAGUAUGAUAAUGUAAAGCCUACAAUAAGUUUCUGCUAUAACAUAUUACCAUAUUUGUUUUUGUAUCUUUGCAAAUUUGAGCAUUUCUCAUUCGAUUUUCGAUGCAAGAGAAAACUUUGAAUUCCCACACACUGUCAGCACUGAGUUUAUUUGAGAUAUGUGUCCUGAUGGAUGCCCCACAAUGUCCAUGACUAAAAUGUAUCUCUAAUAACCUCAGUGUGUAUGAAUUCAACCUUUUCUUUCACAUGAAAGUAUUUCCUACACACCUGUCUACAGGUGAUCCAACUGAAAUUUGUCAUAUUACCCUGUGUAUAAAUAUUACAUGAAGUUACAUGUAUUGUGAAGGGGAAUUUAUCCAUAUUGCUCACCCCUAACUUUUAUCCAGAACUGACAAAACUAUCUGGAAAUUGAAGGAAGAUUUAGAUUGUCAGUUUAUUUUUCUUUCUGACUGGAUUUGGCUAAUUCUUAUUAAAAUGUUUGACAUUGGCAGUUUGACAGUUCAGGUUGUCUUUGGUUUAAGUUGUUGGAAAGAUGUUGCCUGUGAAGCUCACUCAGUCAGACAACUCACCUGGGGAAGAUUUAUUCUGGGAAUGUAUUCUUCAGAGUUGAUAUUUGAUGUCACUCUCCAUUUGCAUACACUAAGCUCAGCACAGAGAAUCAGGGAGUGGCGAUAUGUUUGCAAACCGAGUAGUAAAACAGCAGCGAUCACUGGACCACCUGACUGCAAAGGUCGCAGCGUGUAGAAUAUCAUACAUUUGGUGUCCUGGUUCUGACCUCGUCACUCCCUGUUAGCAUACACUAAGCUCAGCGCUGAGAAAAUCAGGGAGUGACUGUAAAAAAUGACGAAUCAGUAAACUAGUGUAACUGAUAGGAACACCUUAAUGCAAAAGCUGUAGUAGAUUCGUGUAGCAGUGAGUAGAGUAUGAUGUAGUUGGUGUCCAGGCUCUGACCUUGUCACUCCCCAUUUGCAUACACUAAAAUCAGCACAGAAAAGAUCAGGGAGUGACGAUAAAACUAAGCAGCAACUUUAUUGAAAAGGCUGUGUUGGAUGUUUUGUACUAAAUAUGACGAAGUUGUCUGUCUGAACCGACUCGCAGGCUCCACACCAUUAUGACACAAAAUAUCUCCCAUCAGUGUCGAUUGUGCCAAAAUGUCCACCCAAAUUAAGAAGCAAGUGUUUGUGGGAGCUGGUGAUGAGUGAAGAGGAGAGCUAGCAGAGACUGACGGGCGGAAAAGCCCUGCAGGUAUUUCUUAUAAAUUGCACUGUAAUUUAUUAGUAUUAUUUUUAUUGUUCAUUAGUAGAUCAAAUUUAGAAAAGGGAAAGGAGAAUUUGGGAAUUUUUAUGACUUUCUGGGAAGAAUCAUUAACCAAAUCUUUCAUUAAAAGUGUAUUUUAAUGAUACAUAUUUUUUGGACCACUGAUAUAAACUGUAAGCUGUACAAAUUGCCCCAUUUUUUUUUUUCCAAGCUCUUUUAAAAUUUGAUCACUUUCUAAAUUCAGACCACUUGAUAAAGACUUGCUCUUUUGUAAUACAAUUUUAAUACCAUUCAGCCAAUGUUAUCGUUUCAUUAUUUUCCCCAUAAAAUAAAACAUGUCAGUAAACAAGA